CACCAGCCCACGGUACGUACCCAUGUGCCUUGUACUGCGGUAUCUGGGGAGCAUACUAUGCGAUUAAAAGGGCUCUGAUGUGGCCUAAGUCAGCACAGCGGGAUCAGGAUGCACAUAUCCAUACUUUCCACCCCGGUAUUGAAGCUCCAAAAUUUCAACACUGACUGACUGACCUUGCAAACCGGAACUUCUCUUCGUGUGUCGCACUUGUGAUAUUCCUCGUUAUUGUCGUCUACAAGGCUUCGAUCCUUGCUUUCGGGUCUUUUUACCACAAUGAGAGGCCCUCUGUUCCCCUGUACCCGUCAUUGAGAGUAUUGUUGUGAGAUUUAGGAGGGGCACCGCAACUGGUGCUUGUGCGUGUGCGUGCGGUGAGAGAGUUGGAAGGAGCAGGGACUGGACUUUGGGCCCAGACACAAGUGCCAGGCAGACGCUUCCGAGCAGCCGGGGGGAGGCAAAGUUGUGGCCCUUUAUCACUGGGCAACCCCCAAUCGGCGGCGAGGCGGUCUAUUGGCCUUCAGAAGACGGAAAGCCUCGAGGAGAGGGACGGGGCGAGCGAGGAGCGUGGGCAGGAGAGAAAGAGCACUGCAGAGCGGCAGCGGUGGCGGCGGCAGCAGCAGCGGCAGUGACAACAGCCUAGUGGCUGCCCGUUUGAGUCGAGUCUCGCAUAAAAGCCUGCAAAGAUGGUAGCUAGUGGGGACUUCAUUGCUGCGGAUGGCCCAGGUGGAAAGGCUUCGAGGUUUCUGGACGCUGUGGUCGCCUUUGUCGUCGGCGUCUUCCAGCCCAUCUUUCAUUUUCUGCUGUCGGCCAUCUUUACUCGCAAACCUCGACAACACAACAACCAGAACCGCGACAGAGAUAACAACACCCUCGGCGACUCCCCUCACCAACACCACCACGACAACAAUACCAAGAACGAUAACAACACGGGCGACCACAACGACACCUCUACGAGUCCCGACGGCCACCACGGCCACCACCAAGGCGACGGCGGCCCAGAAAGCAUGCAGCGACGCUCGUCCACCACCAGGCCUCAGCACGCCUACGGCCCCAAAGCUGCCAAUGGAACCACUCUCCCCCCAGUCAAGCCUGCCUUGCCCCGAAUCGGCCCAUCCGCCGAUCCGCCUCGGCCUGCCAAGCAGGAGGGCACCCCCAUCAAUGGAGUCCCUCCCCAGCCGGCCCUUCAAGACGUCACCAACACCGUGAACCCCGCCUCCAAGCACCACGUAGUCGGUGAGAAGGAGGCUGAGGAGAACCUUCACGACCAAGUUGACCUUGCGCCGGCUGUUCAACCUGUCGGGGGCGAGGAGGAACCCGAGGACCCUCUCAAGGCUGCGGAGCGAGCCACUCAUCACGCCUUCAUGGACCAGGCACUGGAUAUGGCCCGCCUGGCCCUGAAGACCAAUGAAACACCUGUCGGUUGCGUGCUUGUUCACAACGGAAGAGUCAUUGCCAAGGGCAUGAAUGCGACAAACGUCACCAGAAAUGGUACCCGACACGCCGAACUGAUGGCCCUGACCGCUCUCCUGUCUUUCACUCCCGAGGCGGAGGCAGAGCAGGAGAAGCUGAAGAAGUCUAAGGGAAAGAAAAAGAAGAGGCACGGCAGCCAGCAGCAUUCCGACAGGCCAGCGCCCACGAGGAUCUACACGGACCAAGAGUGGGAAGAUGUCGACCCGGAGGAUGGCCACAUAUUUCCCUACGGCCAGAAACUGCAUCCCGCGGCUAUGGUCGACCGGACCUUGAUACGGGAGUGCAUCCUGUACGUCACAGUCGAGCCUUGUGUCAUGUGUGCGUCGAUGCUUCGCCAGUACGGUAUCAAGAAGGUCUAUUUUGGUGCUGUCAACGACAAAUUUGGCGGUACUGGAGGUGUAUUCUGCAUCCACAAGAAUUCCGAUCCUGCACAUGCCGUCAGCAUCCCGGCGACACCCAUCCAUAGGCCUGUUGCCAACCAACUGCCUUCUCGACCGGCUGUGGCCCAACGUCCUGCCUCCGCUGCCGCCUCGAUCUUGGCGAACGGAUCUCAAGAGGAGAAGGCCGCCACAAGCGAGAACAAGCAGCCCGGCAAGCCGACGUACACAGAGCCGCCGAAACCUGUCUCCAACUUGACUAUGGGUCACGGUGGAAACGUGGAGAACGGCUUCGAGGCCGAGGGCGGAUGGAAACGUGAUGAGGCCGUCAAUCUGCUGAGGCAGUUUUAUGUCCAGGAAAAUGGCAGAGCACCUGUACCGCGAAAGAAAGAAGGUCGCGCACAACGUCUUGCCGUUAUGAUGGAGGAGCAGGGGAUGUCAACGGAGGGCACGGCUCUCGAGGGCCUACUUCAACAGGAGCGAGAGGCCCAGGAGAAAGCUGCCAACGGUGGGGCCAUCACCGACGGGAAUGACUCUGUCCCAAACGGCACAGACCAGCAGACGGACGCCCCGAACGCACUUGCAGCACUGGAGGCGAAGGUGUAUGCUGAGAUUGAAAAGAAGAAACAGGCCACCAAGGCCCAGAGCGUGGGCGGCGACAAGACAGCCCAGGAAGACCAACCCACAGCGGCAGCUUAGUCCUCUAUUUACACGGGAGCCUAGUUCCGUGAUGACACUGGGAUGCAAGCAAAUAUCCUCGACUGGGCUCCACCCACGGCAACUCGAUAGUUCAGUUUUGAAAAUCCGGAGAGCAGAGCAGACAUGGCUCCCUGGCGGUCAACCUUGCCUGUUCGAUGCUGGCUAUUGCGAAAGGUCGGCCUCAUCUCAUCCGGUAUGCAUACAUCACCUAUAAUCCAGUCACUAGCUAUGCUUUCAUGGCUUUGCAUGCUGGCAAGGGUGCUCCUUGAGACUUCCAUGAGCAAUGCAAACAUGCCGGGUGGUGAUUUCCAUCACCCACAGAAGGCGGCGAAUCACCGUACUAUUAGCAAGUUUCGACAUCUGGCGUUCCGAUUCAGAACGUCCUUCUUUUAGAUAAUCUUGGACGCUGGAGGAGAGCUGGACAGAUUCCACAUCAUACCGAUGAACGACGACAGAGUGGACACAACCAAUGGCCACCGAAAAACCGGCCUUGACGCGAUAGGCCUUACCAUACUACCUACUACUUGCAUUGGCACCGGUGCAAUCCUUCAGAGUGUGCACAUGUGGCGUUCGAGUCUUUUUUUCACAGGGCAUAGCAACUGAACAAAGUUUGAUUUGAAGGCAGCUCGCCCAUCUUUCCAUCCUCUUAUCUUGGAACUCCUUGUGAAAUAGAUAGCCCUGGCAGGCAGGCAGGCCGACACGGCGAGGAAAUGAGCAUUAACCAUAGCGCAAUUGCGGGCACGUACAGACCAUACUCUUAGACGCUUCCCUCGAGCCUACUGCAGUACGAUUAACGCAAGUUCACAGCCUCGGCUCAUAAUAUAACUUGAUCUUAGUUAUUCCAUUCUGCUGGCUUUUAAAGGCCACUUCAUUUUUCUUAUCCAUGGUGACAGCAUAUUGUCGAGCGAGGAUGUCAAAAUCAAGCUUGCGGUAAGGGAUUGGGUACGCCGAGCAGCUUAGGCUUUACGACAGUGAUAGCCUUUGUGGCGUCUCGACUCUUGCUUCCGAGGUAUCCUGACUGGCAUGACAUGGAACUGAUAGUUUCAUAUAUUUCAAUUGAGAAGUAGUGAACAAAAUGGAGCAGAUCAGACAUACAAAUCUUGAAAGUUUGGGCCGGGAAACCUUCGACAGGCUUUGAUA